GGUUUCCCCGUUCAGAUACAGCCUGAGUUCCCAGUGCUUCCAGACUCACCAUGUUGAAGUUCCUGGUCCUCAUUGUGGCGUUGGUUAUCACCACAGGCUGUUUUUAUAUCUCAGGAUCCCAGGCUGCUGAAGAUCCAGGUGAAGUUUCAAAAGAGGAGAAAUGGAGCUCCUAUGUGGUUCAAAUUUACUACUGGGCAAUAGACAAAGUGCUCACAUUUUCAGAAACAAAGACUGGCCGGACUUUGUUAGAGCUGUCUUAUAAUGUCAGCCAGCGCUUGGAUGACCUUCAGCAAGAGUUUCCACCAGAUAUCCAACAAACUUUGGAGCUGGUGGGUGAACUAGCAGGAGCUAUUUGGCGGAAAUCUAAUCAUGCUGCAGAGGAACUGUACCGCAGACAGGACCUUGGUGAGCCACUGGCAUCUGUAAUGUCACAUUAUUUUGACCCAGUCCGUGAGAUGGUCGAAAUAUGCUUAGAGCCCUUCCGACCCACCCUGGAUUACAUGUUGAACGAGAAGCUGCCCAAGGAGCUCAAUAUCCUGGACGCUCCUUUCUCCUUUUACUUCAAGCGACUGCAAGACACUCAGACGUCCCUCCAACCCUUUGCCAACCAAGUGCACACCUAUUUCAGACAAAUGGUGGAGGCUCUUCACAAGAACCUGAAGCCUUACCUGAGACCCAUUCUGGACGAGAGUGAAAAAUACAAAAUGGAGGCCAGGGAGUGGUCUCUCACCUCUAUCUUUCCCCCCAACACAUGACCUCCCCCCGUGAUUAAUGGAGGGAGGAUAGAUUAGUGAUCUCUAAAGUAAUCAGUGUGAAAGGGGUCACUGAAAUAAUGUUGUGGGUGGUAAUUGCAAAUGACCCUUUCCAGCCGAUAUAAUAAAGGAUAGUCAACAACUCCUGGAAAA